CAGCCACAACCGGGGUGUUUGCUACAUGUACCUGAAGCAUUUCAGCAAGGCACAAGACCAGCUAAACAAUGCCCUGGAGCUCAACAGACAUGAUCUGACUUACAUGAUGCUGGGGAAAAUUCACCUAUUGGAGGGGGAGAUGGAGAAAGCCAUUGAAGUCUAUAAGAAAGCCGUAGAGUUCUCCCCAGAGAACGCAGACCUCCUUACAACACUGGGGCUGCUGUACUUGCAGCUUGGGGAUUACCAGAAGGCUUUUGAACACCUUGGAAAUGCACUUACUUAUGACCCAGGCAACUACAAGGCUACCUUGGCUGCUGGCAGCAUGAUGCAGGCGCACGGCGAUUUUGAUGUUGCCCUCUCCAAGUACAGGGUGAUAGCCAGCACCAUGCCUGAAAGCCCCCCGCUGUGGAAUAACAUCGGGAUGUGCUUCUUUGGGAAGAAGAAAUACGUGGCUGCUAUCAGUUGCCUGAAGCGGGCGAACUACUUGGCUCCCUUUGACUGGAAGAUUUUGUACAAUCUGGGGUUAGUCCACCUCACAAUGCAGCAGUAUGCAUCUGCUUUCCACUUCCUCAGUGCUGCCAUCAACUUCCAGCCCAAGAUGGGAGAGCUCUAUAUGCUCCUUGCAGUUGCUCUGACAAACCUUGAAGACAUCGAGAAUGCAAAGCGUUCCUAUGAGCAAGCUGUGGCACUGGACAAGUACAAUCCUCUGGUCAACCUGAACUACGCUGUCCUGCUCUAUAACCAGGGUGACAAGAAGGGAGCCCUCUGUCAGUACCAGGAGAUGGAGAAGAAGGUCAAUGCGUUGACAGAGAACAGUACUCUUGACUUUGACCCUGAGAUGGUGGAGGUUGCCCAGAAGAUGGGAGCUGCCCUGCAAGUAGGGGAGAGCUUGGUCUGGACUAAGUCUUCUAAAGAAUCUAAAUCCAAGCAGAAAGCUGCUCUGUCAGGCAAAUCCCCCAGCACUCAGCAGCCACUGGGCUCUAACCAGGCCCUGGGUCAAGCCAUGUCCUCAGCUGCAGGCUAUGGGAGAACCGUGCAGCUGCCCUCAGGUGCUGCAGCUCCAGCCCCACUUGCAAAGUCUUCCUCGCUGCCUCUGGAACCAGAACCAGGCUCAGAAGUGAGCCCCAAGGAAACCCCAGCACCAGCAGCGGCUGAGGAGCAGAGGAGAGAGAAGCGCAAGAGCUCCCAGGCAGUGGAGUAG